AUGUUCCAUACUACUUCAUCAUCUGCUUCUAUAAUUAUACCAGAACCACAAAGAGCUUAUUCUUUUGAAAUAAAGCAUAAUAAUAUCAAUAAUGAAGAAUAUGAAUUACAUAAUAUUUUGAGCUAUCACCAAGAAGAUGAUAUUUCGAUACGGCCGUUCCAGCCUGAUUCCAAGAGUAAACAAGUGGAUGAUGUAGCUUUUAGUCAAUAUGAACCUUUAGAAGGAUCAAAUAAUGAUAACUUAAGAAGAAGAAGAAAUAGUGAGGUUUCAAUCCGUAGUCAAGGUUCAAUGGCUUUAAUGUAUGGAAGUGAUUUAAAUACAAAUAUACCAGAUGGUGGAUUAAAAGCAUACUUAGUAUUAAUAGGAAGUUUCUUUGGUUUAAUUGCUGAUUUCGGUAUUGCUAAUUCUUUAGGUGCUAUUGAAUCAUAUAUUUCAGACCAUCAAUUGAACGACAUUUCCACAAAUAAAGUUGGAUGGAUAUUUAGUUUACAUUUGGGUAUAAUGUAUUUUGGUGGAGUUUUCUUCGGUGAAUUGUUUGAUAAAUUAGGUGCUAAAAUUCCAUUAGUUGCAGGGACAUUAAUAAUGUGUGUUGGAUUAGUAUUAACAGCUGAGUGUGAGAAAUUAUAUCAAUUUAUCUUGAGUUUUUCAGUUGUAACUGCAAUUGGUACUUCAGUCGCCAUGUCACCUUUAAUCGGUUCUUUAAGUCAUUGGUUUUUAAAAAAAAGAGCAUUAGCUUGUUCAGUUGCAACUUGUGGUGGAUUAGUAGGUGCUUCAAUAUUUGCUGUUAUGUUACAAAGGUUAUAUGAACAAAUUGGGUUUAAAAAUGCAAUUAGAAUUUUAGCAUGUUUAUGUUUCUUUUGUAUGAGUUUAUCUGUUGUUUUAGUUAAAGAAAGAAAAGAUGAGAGUUUACAUCAAGAUUUAGAUAAUGCAGAAGUUGAAAAGAAGAAUAAAGUGAGACAUGUUAUAAAUUUCUUUAAAAGUGCAUUAGACUUUAAAGUUGUUAAUGAUCAAAAGUUUAUAUCAUUGACAAUAGCUGUUUUUCUUGCUGAAAUUGUUUCAAUGACUUCAUUAACUUACUUGGGAUCUUAUGCAUUAGUUCAUGGUAUAAGUAAUUCAGAAUCUUAUUUAUUAUUAACAAUUGUUAAUGUUUGUGGUAUACCAAGUCGAAUAUUUUCUGGCUUUAUAGCUGAUAAAUUUGGUAGAUUUAAUGUUAUGAUAAUAACUUCCAUUUUAACUACAAUUGUAAUAUUUGCAUUAUGGUUACCGGCAAAAGAUAAUUCAAGAGCAUUGUUAAUUUCAUUUUCAGUAUUAUUUGGUAUUACUACUUCUUCAGUUAUAUCAUUAAUUGGUGCAUGUGUUGGACAAAUUUGCAGUAGUUCCAAUUUUGGAAAAGUUUAUGGAGUUUGUUAUUUCUUUCUUGGUUUUUUAACAAUAUUAGGGAUGUAUGCUACUUCCGCAAUUAUAGGUUCUGGAUCAAAACAAAAUUACACAAACUUUGUUUAUUUUGAAGGCGCCUUAUCAGCAUUUAGUGUAAUUGCAUGGUUAUGGGCUAGAUAUGCAUGUGUUGGAUUUAAAUGGUGUAAAUUUUAA